UUUGACGUUGAGCAGCUACCGAUCGAACUUGAACUUGAGUUUUUCUUGGUAGAGUCAGCAAUGAGAAAGGUGAGUAAUUACGUAAUGCGGAUAAGCGCAUCUUGGGCACAAAUUUAUGACUUCGAAUAACUCAAGUCGUGAUGCCAUUCAAGCUCGAGCUCAAGCCAGACGCGACAGUCGAACGUGGCGCGAGCUGAACACAACAACACGUUGGCUUAAACAGCUUAAAUACUUUGGCAGCUUAGCGGGCUUAAAUCAUGUGUCGCAGUAAUUAACCAGACGGCGAAAUGCUUUGGCAGCUUUGUUUACUCUUCGCUGGGCUGUGGCCCAGUCUGGGGCAUGUGCGUCUCACGCCGAGCACCACCUGGCGAAGCGUACAGCUGUUUCCACAGCAACAGUGGCAGAUUAGAAGCCAGAGCAGUACAGUGAAGCCUGCUGAAAAGGUCGUGCCUGUGGCACGUUGUGAGGCGCAGAAUUUCCAACAUAUCUACAAAGUAUUGACUGCAGCUGGCAACGUCAGCUUUGAGCCGCAUUUGAAUCAUUUUGCAAGCACCCGAGCUGGUGAGUGGGCGAGCAUGCGUGAUCUCUGCUUGAAUGAGCAGGGUCUGCCCUGGCGGCGACUAUGCAACGCAAGUGCUCAGUGGGCGGAUCUUGGGAAUAUCAGCUGUGACGCUGGCAACCAAUUGAGCAGGCAGCUACAUCAGCUGCAGGAAGAUAUCCAGAAUGUGAGCUGCAAAACGAUCGCCUUGACCAAGCUACGGCAUUUACUAAGCCAGUCACGAGGGCAGCUCGCUCCAGUUGAUGUCUACAGCACGGCGCAAAUAUUUACAAAGCUGCUGGAGCAGCAGCAGGCGCAGGCAGCUGGAAGCACGGAUCUGGUCAGCAUUUGUCACGAGAUCAUGUCAAGCGAUGAGCAAGUGUUGCGGCUGUCAGCGGAGCUGAACGCAACCAACUCGCUGCUGAGCAAGUUCGAGGAUUAUAUGAAUGCCCUGCCGCGAGAGCUGGUGCCCAGCGAGAGCUGUGGACAAUUCAGAGCUGAGGAGGAAAAAUCUGGGGGAAGAGCUGUGGAAACAGCUAACUACGCGGAGCUGGGCGUGCAGGCGCUGAUAACCAGCAAUCUGAGCGUGUUCUAUGUAAAUCCGGAAUGUGAAAAUAUCACUGGAAUAGCUAUAUAUUCAGCAUCAGCAGAAGAUCGAAGAUCUGCCAAUAGCGGCUUUUGGUAUCGCUUUCUCUAUGCCAAUGAGAGCUUGGCGCAUCUGAGAAGGGAGAGAGACUUGCAGACGGGCACCUACUUGCCGGAAGAGCUGUGGCAGCAGCUGAAGCAACGAGGCGCCUCGUAUCUAAUACUCAAGGUCUACGCUCACGAUCGACUCUUCGUGGAGAGAGCUCAGCAGCGCAGUCAGAGGCCACGUAGUCAAGUGCUGUCCAUAUCGAUACCCGGCUUCGAGGGAGUUCAGCUGCCUGCUCCUCUGCCCUUUUUGCUACCACAUGCAGAAGUCGCUAGCCAGGGCAGCCAUUGCGGCUAUUGGAACUAUGAGAGGUGGCUCAGUGAUGGGGUCAGUACCUGCGGCGGCAGUGGCGAGGAGCUGAACGUGCUCUGCGAGGCACAGCAUCUGACGCAGUUUUCCUUUCUGAUAGGCGGCAGCUACGCCCAACAGGCGGCGGAUGAAUCGAACCUGCAGUUGAAGGCGACGCAUGAAGAGCUGCUGGACACGAUCACCCAAGUGGGUUGCGGCUUCUCGCUGUUCGGAUUGCUCUUCAUAUUUUUAACUGCGGCGCUCGUUAAGAAAUGGCGCAGUCAGGCAUCCACCAAGGUGCUACUUCAUCUCUGCCUGGCUCUGGCGUUGCAGCUGCUGCUGUUUGGCUAUCUGGGCGCAGAGCAAUUACCGCUGAAGCAGAGCUGGAAUCGCUGCCUGAUAUCGGGCGCUGUGCUACAGUACUCUGUGCUGGUCGUCUUCAGCUGGAUGCUGAUUAUAGCCUAUCUGCAGUUCCAGCGUUAUGUUACAGUGAUAGGCGUGGCCCGGCCCAGUCAUUAUAUACUCAUCUCAGCCGUGGUGGCCUGGACGCUGCCACUGCUGCCCACGUUCUUGGUCGUCCUGCUGGACGGCGAGUCCUUUAAGCCUUCGCAGCAACAGUUGAAAAGCAAAGCGGCUUUGUGCUAUCCCUCUGGCUAUGGCCUGGCUCUGGGCGUAGUGCUGCCCAUCGCCUUGGUAACCUUUGCCAAUGCCUUUAUGAUGCUCUGCAUCAUUUACAGCAUUCAUCGUGCCCUCAAUCCACGACGCCAGCUAAUUAUACAGCAGCUGCGUCUGUCUGUGCUGCUGUUCUUUCUGCUGGGCCUCACCUGGAUCUUUGGCCUGUGCAGCUAUAUGCGCCUGGGCAUUAUAUUCUCGUAUCUCUUUUGUCUCACCGCCACGUUGCAAGGCUUUGUGCUCUUUGUUUAUUUUGUGCUUUUGAAUGCCUCAAAUCGACACGCUUGGCUGACCCUUAUUUGUUCGCAGCAUAUGAAAAUAAAUAUGCAAAGUGCGGAGCCGCAGUCAAUGUCCACUUCGUCCAGCAAUACUUCUAGAAGAACCCAAUCCUCAGUGAAGUCCGUUUGAAUUUCUUUUUGUAGAAAAACUUUAUAGAAAGUGUUUUGCAAGUAUUUUUAAGUUGUAGUAAAUUGAAUGAGCUCAUAGAUUGAAUAAUAUUUCUAGUAAUUGCUGAAGAGUUAAGAAAGCAAAGUUCAGCAGCUUCAGCUCAAUUAGCUGACAGAAUCAAUAAAAUCUAAGCUUAGAGAACACCUUGUGUAUAAUCAUUUUCAUUAGAAACU